AUGACAAGCAAAUUAAGUGGACAAAUAGCUACAUUUCAAGCAGCCGCGGACAUGUUAAAUUUAAUAUUAUCUUUCAUUCGUCCUUUAAUUCAUAUAAUAAUAGAAGAUACAAGUAACAUAAGUGAAGAUAAUUUUACUGAUACUUCUGAAACUAAUUAUAAGAAUAAUUAUAAAAGUAAUUAUGAAAGUAAUUAUGAAAGUAAUUAUGAAAGCAACUAUGAAAAUAAUUAUAAAAUUUCAUAUUCAUCUUUUGAUGAUUAUGAAGUUAUUAGUACUCAAUUGAGCAAACUAGCAAAUCAGAAUGAAGAUAAUUCAGAAUUGGUUAAUUUAAUUACUGAAAAUUUGAGAGUUGGAGAAAUACGAUAUUCAGCUUUACCAAUAGAGUAUCCACCUACCUUAGAAGAAGGAAUCACAAUGUUUGCAAGUGAUAAUAUUCAAAAUGCUUCACAUUGUGAAGUUGAUAUGGAUGCUGAUUUUAUGCAAGAAGAAAAUAGAAAUUUAACAAAUCAAAAUUCAAUUGAAAUACAAACAUAUAU